UCCGGUCCCUGGGGCAACGCGUCACAAUAAACACCUGCAGCGCCGCGGAGGCGCGGGCAGGUUCUGGACGAGCCCGCGCGGGAAAAGCUGGCGCGUGGGUGGCUCGUGGCCUUCGUUGCUCCCGCAGCCAAAUAAACCGGGACGAAUUUAUCUCCGAGGUCGUACAGGGUGUGCUCCUGAGAGGUGACUUCCUCCUCCUGGUCCCCGUGGCCGCCAGUAGGAUUUUGUUACAAAAGAAGUAGUGCUAAGAAGGCUUUUGAAGUCAUCAAUAUAGAGAAGACAGCCAUAGGAAGCAGCCAUGCCUGUGGAAGGAGGAAAAACGGAUAUGGAGAGGAUUGGCCUCUUCAGUGAGAUGGAAUAUAUUAGUAUUGGUGAUAAGUAUGUGUCACGAUUUAACCGACCUUUUAAUGAGUCUGCAAGCAAAAAUAAACAGAUGCUACCUGGGGGAUCCAAAGAAAUGUCAGAUCUCCAGGCAGGUUAUUUUGAUCCCCACUUUGUAAGAAUUUUUGAAGGUGAAGGCUAUGUAAAUAUGAAUCAAGUGAGGAGACAGCACAUGAUGCAAGAGGCCAAAAAAAAUCUAGGCAAAGCUUUCCUCCCUAGUAGUGGAGAUAAAAAGCCAUCUGGAUUAGGAAGCUACUAUGGAACAAUAGGUGGUCCAAUUCCAUUCUUCAGUGCACAGUCAAAACCCAGAGAAAAAUAUGAGGCACCUGGAAAGAAUUUAUACACAAACCCAGGAAAGAAAGGAACUGGUUAUGGCUAUGCAAAUAUUACCAUAGGUAAACAGUUUUCACACUCUUCUGAUUUGUAUGAUGCAGCAAAAGAAAAUUAUAAGAAAGAUAAUGAAGAACACCAUCGUUCACUUAAAGGAACACCUUUCAAGUUAAAUCUUUGCCCACGGGAAUAUUUUGAUCCCAAUCCUUAUUUUACUGAGACUCCUUUACCACCAAUUAAAAAAACAGAGAUGAAAGAACCAACUGUACAACCUUUUAAACCCUCUUCUCCUGGUAAAAAGGCUGGUGGAAUGAAAGCAGGAACAUUUGACCCUUACCCUUCACAUUCCGCUGACCCUUAUGUAGUUAAAUCGGAAGAUCAGAUUGCCGGCAAAACUGCCAAGAUAUUUCAUCCACCAGGAGGACCAAAGAGCAGACCAGUUGAAAGUAUAAUGACUUUGAAUGUCAGAAGGGCACUAAAUAUAAAGAAUUACAAGACUGCUUCACUACAGUCCUACUAGCAUCUGGAAGACAUAAGCUUUCUAGAUCCUGACUACCAGUAAUUCAUUAUCAAGUGCUAAUUAGUUGAAAAAAAAUAGAGAUAGCUCAAACAUUUAAAUGAAAUUUAAGCCUGCAACUCUUAAUAUUCUUCCUUGUCCUAAUUCUACUACUAAAUGUUUAAACAGAAUUUGUUAACAUUAGUGUAUGAUUGUUGAUUUAUGUUUAGAUCUCUUUCCAAGGAGAAUAUAAUGUUUAGCAAUUUUAUAAAAUUUUGAAGUGUAGUCUGUAAUUUGAAAAUGUCAAAAAAAAAUUACAGGCACAAAGACAAUUACUGAUAUUGACAUAGUGGGCAAUUAGACAAAGUAAAAUAUUUACAAAAACCAGUGGAUAUUAAGAAAUACAGUGAGGGUCCUGAGGCAAAGAGGAGGUGAGGAGAAUGGAAGCAGGAAGGCUACUGAGAGAGAAAAGAUUUGAGGAUGUGAUGGUAGUGGUAAUCUUGGGACAACAGUUUGAAAAAUGUUUCUCACAUAGAAUUGAAGUCUAUGUCCCUAAAGUUUUUAUUCACUAGUCCUUGUUCUACUGCUCAGAAAUAUAUAGGACAAAACAGUACUUUUAUACAGGACCACUCUUCACAUCUUUUAAGGUAACUUUCAUUUUUCUGGGUGAUAGUCUUAGGGUUUUCAGUUCCUUCAGUCCAUAUACAACAUGAUACUCUGCCCAAAAUGAUAAGGGUUAGAUUGAAAGUACUAUUUCUCAUAUGGUCUGAUCAUCCCAGACUAGAUAUGACUGAUCUGUUCUCUUUUUAAAAUAUAUAGUGUUCAUGUUACUGCAAUCUAAGAUCUCCACACUCUCUUCAGUCGAUCUUACUUUUGUAGGCCAGAGGUGCUGGUGAGGGUGGUUGGGUGUGUGAGAGGAUUCACCAGAGAUAGAGAGGGGAGCAGAAUAGGAGGAUCAAAUGAAAUACAUGAAACAUACUGCUAAGGGGAGCAGUGGGUGAGACACGAGGGGUUUGUUGUGUCAUAUGUGGGUUAACUCUGGUUGGGAAUCGAACUCAUGCAGCAGUGGCUGGUGAUAGCUUGAUAGUGCUGAGACUUAACCCCUAGGCCACCAGGGAGACCCCUGUGUGGUUCUUUUCAUGUUGCCUAUAGAAACUGAAACUUGGAGAAAAAAUGUAAAAAUGCUGAUACUAUGGGUACUGCUAUUGUUGUCAGUAACAAACGUCCUUUAACCCAAGAAUCUUCUGUCUUUCACCCAGAAACCCAUAACACGGGUUAUGACUGUGAAGCACAGGCAAGUGCAGGGGGACCCACACUGAGAAAAAUUUUGUUAUGCAAAGGGCAGUUCUGAGACAUUGAAUUCUUUGUGGAAUAACAGAAAUUAUAAGAUAUUUGCAACACACCGGUGAAAGUGAACAAAAAUUGCACUAUAACCUAUGAAACUGCAGCAGGCUACCAUUUUAUGUGUUGGGCAAGAUCUUAGACUCUCCACAGUUCUUAAAAUUAUUAACCCAAUUCCAUUUCUAAUUUGAGAAACUAGUUAAUCAAUUAUGAGAUAAUUGUUGCCACAUGUAAAAAGGAAUUAAAAAUAUCUCAUGGGGAAAAAAUACUUGAACAAGGAUUUUGAAAUAACUGAGUUUAGAAAUUUAUUUACAUAUCUUGGAUGGAAGCAUUUGAUAGAGUUUACUUGGAAUUCCUGGAAAAAAAGAAGAAUUAUUUUAAAGCUGAGAGUGGUAAGCAUACUUAAGAAAAAGAAUAAUACAAAAAAAUCCCUGCCCCUUGACAAAGUUGCUUUGUGCAUAUAUAAUGUAUAAGGUAAUAUAAAACAACAUGAAUUUUAUUAAAAGCACAGAAUUCCUAAAUAAUUGCACUAUAUUAUAAAUUGGAUACAAAUCUUACAAAAAUAAAUUGUAGUCAUCUUAAAAGUCUCCUUAUUACAAUACUCUGGCUAGUGCCCAAUAGGCCACAAUAAUUUUUAAUACUUUUCUGUCGAGCCACCACAAUAUAUUUACCUUUCAAAUCAGGAGCAAAUGGCCGACUCCUAGGACUAGAUUUGUCUUCAUAGGUUUCAUAUUUCUCAAAAUGGAACUUCUCUUUUCUUGAAAUGUAACUCAUUUUUGGUAGGUCAUUAUGCGUACUACAGAUUUUUUCACUUAGAUUUAAAUAUUCUCUCUGAAGAUUCCGCAUCUCAAAUUCCAAGGUAUCCCUUUCAUUUUCUAUACUUCUUACAUAGUUUUCUAAAAGUAUUUUGUCUUCUGCAAGUCUACUGAUGCUAUUUUCAAAUUUUAUAUUUUCCUGACU